CGUGACGUAGAGACCAAGUGCCCAGGAGGAGAAAGGGUACGUAUGAGCUAUGGACAAUGAACGUGGUCUCCCUGCUGGGUGGGUGGGAUAGCGACAAUCACAUGGCUGUUAUACCUACGAUGAGCUGCAGGAGGAAGAGUCGCUUUUUGUAGUCCACAUCGACUGGCCACGGACUGGAAUGGUCAAUGGUUCGUUCCAGUGCCGAUUUCAAUGUCCUGUUGGUUCUAGUCUUGUUCAUAAACUUAAUUUUAACAUUGACGACAGCUUCACCGAAGACGAUGUUGCAGUAUCGGCAAAUUAUGGGGAAUUACGUGGAACAUCGGGUGCACGAAGAUGAAGCGAAGGCGGUGGCGAGAACACUACACCCCGAGCUCUAUGAGAGGGGUCCAGGAUGUGAAGUAUGCACGGCCGAGGAGAUCCAGUACUGCGCUGGCACAGCAGUCCUCGAGGACCACUGCUGCUGCGAUAUGCGACACUCCGAGUGGUUCCCCUACGUUCCUCACACCUGCUACCUGCGGCCUGGCUGCAGGCCGAUUGCCGGGAAUUGCGCCGAGUACGCGAGGCUCAGAGUCUGCUGUUGCGACUACAUUACGGCCACAAAAUGGAAAUCACAGGCAAGUCUACCAACGUUAUCGUGGAGGAUGUACCUGCUCUGUUCCGUGUGUGUUCUCUUAGUCCUACAAUAAACUGUGUUGCCAAAGAUGAGUGGAUCUCACAGACACAAUAACGCAUUCCAGAGAUGCACCAACAGAACAGUGGUUACUUAAGCAGCGCUGCGUUAAUGCUGUUUUGCCCGAUGUCUAGAUGAAAUUCAGAAUUCAGGAGGAGGAAGAAAAAUCUCAGAUGUUUCAGCAUACGGUUUUGCUGAUAAUAUUCGAAUCUAGAGACCUGGAGAAACUACAUGGUUUGUAGCAUAGUUUUAUGUACACAGUAGAUACUAUGAACUUCAUUCUAAAUUAUGUAGAUUUUUCCGUUCCCAGUUUUUCCAAGUCUCUCGGUUCCAAAUAGUGUCUUCCAUACUUUGCUGUAAUGUAAAAACCUUCGUAUAAACAGGAUAUAUUAUAGAUUAAUUAAUUACAGUUUUUAAGUUUCUACAAACUAGACGACCAUUAUUUUUGUAUAUAAAUAUGUCCACUACUAUUAUUAAUAAAGAGUGUAUUAAAAUAUUAAA